GUGCCACUUUCAGGUCUCCUCACACACUGCUGGUGUGUUCCAUUUUUUGUCAUAGGGUGCUGGCAGAUUACGGGCCUCCCAUAUAGCUGCUGCCAGGCCCCUAAUCUGCCAUGGGCCCCUAUACCGCCUCCUCAUGCUGCUGCCAGGUCCAGAGUCUCUCAUGGGUCCCUGUACGGCCUCCCAUUGCUGCUGUCUCCAUCGCCACACUCUGCCAUGUGCCACUUUCAGGUCUCCUCACACUCCUGCUGGUUUCCAUUUUGUCAUAGGUUGCUGUAUGGCCUCCCAUUGCUGCUGCCUCCACCGCCACACUGUGGCUCCAAACACUGGUUUUGGCCCCGUGACUGGCCAAAUGAGUGAAGUGUGCGGUGAUUCUAAGAUCGACGGCACUCAUCUGCAUGUCAUACUG